UAGUAAUUUAUGCACUUUAGAUGUAAAUCCAUUACAAAAGCAAAUAUUAGUAACAAAAGAGAAAGUUUUAUCCAAACGACUUAAUGGAGAGCUUCUGUCCAAAAACCAUAAGUAUUUAUUGUCAUCGUAUGAGAUGAGCAAAACAUUCAGACAUUCAACACUUUCUAAAUACCAAAUUUAUGACAUUUCAAAUGAUUCAUUCAUAGACUUAUUACCCGAAGACCCACAUUUCGAGAGCCAAUUCAUUCAAUACAUCGAAUGGGGUCCCAAAGACAACCAAAUUAUAUUUGUAUUCAAAAACAAUCUCUACUAUAAAGCGGACGUUAAUACCGUACCAAUACAACUGACAAAUACGGGAACUCCUAAUAUGAUUUAUAACGGAUAUUGCGAUUGGGUUUAUGAGGAGGAGAUUCUGGAGGAGGAGAAGGCCUUUUGGAUAUCACCCGAUGGACAGCAUCUGGUGUUCGCCAAAAUAAACGACACAAAAGUGGACACAAUUACAUGGCCUUUCUAUGGGCAGUACUAUAAUCUGAGUAGUAAUCAGUAUCCUUCAGAAGUGGCCCUUAAAUACCCAAAGCCGGGACGAAAUAAUCCAUUGAUUGAGAUAUUUGUACUCAAUCUGAAUGAAACGGUUGAGAACAUAGAGAUUGUUCGCCUCCUUCCGCCGGAAUCCAUUGCAAAAAAAGAUUAUUAUUUCACAGCCAUUGGAUGGAUAGAUAAGGAUAGGUUUUCCAUCACUUGGUUAACGAGAGCACAGAAUCACUCAGUCAUUGAUAUUUGCGACAAGAAUUCAAUGUGGAAUUGUAAUACUACGUUUACAUUGGACUCGGCAAACAGUUGGGUGGAUCUAUAUGCAGCUCCCAUCCCGGCUCCGGGACAUAACUCAUACUUUAUUAAAGUGCCAGAACUGAUCAGUAGCGCAGUUGGAUAUUAUCAUCACGUGGCCAUGAUCAAUAUUGAGAACCGAAAGGUAAAAUACUUGACAAAAGGUAUGUUCGAUAUCAUCGAAAUCGUGGCCUUCAAUGAGGAAGAGGAUGUGGUAUAUUUUCUGUCGACUUUGCCCGAAAAGCCAGAGUUUCGACACUUAAUGAGUGUUUCCAUACACGAGGAGACAGUUUUGGAUCCCAUUUGUUUGACCUGUUAUUUAGGGGAAAGUUGUCUCUAUAACAAUGUAUUCUUCAAUUCAAAAGCCGAUUAUUUUGUACUGAAUUAUUCAAACGUUGAGCUCGUUUUGCCGCAUAAUUUUGAUGAGAAAAAGAAGUACUCCCUUAUGAUUGAGGUCUAUGGAGGGCCGGGCAGUCAAUUAGUUAUUGACAAAUAUCGUGUUAAUCAUUGGGGAACACAUUUAGCGUCUAAUAUGAGUAUUAUUUACGCCCGAAUCGAUAGCCGCGGUUCUGACAACAGAGGAUCCAAAUAUUUACAUGAAAUCUACAAGAAUUUAGGAAAUGUUGAGGUCAUGGAUACUAUCGUCACCGCGAGAUAUCUCCGGGAUAAUUUGAGUUUCAUAGACCGCCAUAAUAUAGGAAUCUGGGGCUGGAGUUACGGCGGAUAUGUGACACUCAUGUCUCUGGCACUCGAUUACGCCGACCCUGUAUUCCAUUGCGGUAUAGCUGUGGCUCCCGUCACUAACUGGAUGUUUUAUGGCAAGAUAUAUAAGAUAUAUCUUGAUAUAUCAAGAUAUAUAAACUCCGUUUAUGUGGAACGGUAUAUGGGAUGGCCUCACGACAAUGCGAAGGCAUACAAUCGAUCGGAUCUUCUUAAUAAAGUUUCACUCUUUAAGGACGAGAGACUACUCCUGGCGUUGGGAACGGCCGACGGUUUGACUGGA